AGGAAUGGCAAAGUGGAAAGGAUAAGGAGCUGGAUGGCGGAGGAAAUUGAGGAGAGGCAGCAGUUGAAAAGGGAGAAAGAGGAGAACAAGAAGAAGGAGGAGGAAGAGAAGAAGCGCAAGGAAGAGGAAGACAAACGCAUUGCUGAGCAGAAAGAUAAGGAGGAUUUUAAGGCCAGCAUCGGGAAAACAAUCGAGACACAAAUGCGAGUGGUCUGCGAAGAGGUGCUGGGUAGGAAAGUAGGACAAGGGGAGCAACUGAUUCUCUCCGCAACUGCAAAAAUUCGAAGGCAUACGAUGGACAAUGAUUCGGGAGCAAAGAAGGCCUCGGAAAUGGAAGUGUUACGCACCAAUGAUGAUGAGAUCGUGAAGUUAAAACGAAUGGUUGCGGAUAUGCAGAGAUCGUCCUGCCAACCGCAGGCUACGCAACAUGAACAAGAGUUGGAUGCUCUCCGGUUGGACAAUCAACAUCUGAUUCAAGAUGUUAUUGGUCUGAAGGAGCAGGUGAACGAGCUGGUGAAACUCACCAAGAUGGGAAGAUCUGUUUCGACGGCAAUACCGGUGGCAGCGACAGAUAAGGGAAGGGCCAUCAGUACUCCUAAUGCUGGUGAUUACGUUAAGAUGUCUGACGCAUACAGAAGACUAAGAGACGAGAAGGAUAUGGCGGAGAGGGAAGUUGUUGCACUCAAGGAGAGAAUCAGCAGGAUAGGUGCCUCUAUGGGGACUCCUACCAGUGUCAAGAGGAAAAGGAUCACUCGGAAUAGCAUCUCUCCACCAUCCAAUUUUCGCCUUAAAUUGAGUAAGAUAGUUAGCCCGACAAAAGCUGGGGGCAGUGGGAGUAAGGGUUCUAGAGGGCUGAAAUUCGUCAAACUCAAAGACGAAACACGUGAAGGUUUUGAUCAACGUGUCUAAGCAGAUCUAUCUAAGCUGAAGGAGACUGAAAGACUAUGUGCGGAGGAAUCCAUAAGCUAUGUGACU